CGGGGAGCAGUGCUCUGGGCCCCCUCCCGCCGGGAGCAGCGGAGCGGGAGCCGGAGCCGAGUGGGACGCGGACGCUGCGCCCACGGGGCAGGUGGGUGCUCGCGCGAGGCCUCGGGCUGAGCUGCCCGGCCCGGAGCGCGGGCCCCGCCGCGUGGGCGGUGAUGAGCGGCGAUAAGCCCACAACCCGGCCGCCUCCCGCGGGCCCCGAGCCGCCUGCUGGUGCCCGUACAGGAGUCGAGUUCCCGGUCCUCACGGCCGUCCUGCACUGCGUCCACGCCUUCCUCGUGGCCAAGGUUGCCUCCCUGGACCCCGGCUUUGCGGGCAGCCCGAGCCUCAGCAGAAAGCCCCUGGGGGCAGCUGACGCGCUCUGUCAAGGACGAGAAUUGAAUUAUUUUCUUAAGAGACGAACCUUUGCUGCCAGCAUUGCACUCUGUGGUUUUAAACGAGCCUACGGUGUGACACCAUCAAGUCCUUCCCGUCUCCAGCCAUGGGCAUCCUUGUUAGAGGACCGUCCCACAGGGCGCAGGCGCGGCCGUGGCUGGGACCCGGCCUGUGAGUCGCCACAUCCCUGCGCCCCCCGGGCCCUGCGAAGGGUGAGCCCCACGCACCUCGUUCCUCACUGGCCACACCCGAGUUUCCUGCCACGGAGUGACGGAGGACCCAGCACCCCGUUUCCCUCUCCCUGGAGAGGAAGUGCUUCCUGGUGUGAGGGGUCCCCUCCCCUGUGCCCAGGAGGAGGCGGAGCCAGGGGUGAGCUGGGCUAUGAGCAGCAGGACUAUGGGGAUGGGAGUCAAUUUUCGUAUCAAACAUGACAAAUGAGUUACAAGGUCAUUAAAUAGUGCGUCAUUUAAAGGUUAACUUUAUUAUUAUUUUUUUUUUU